AGACGCUGCGUUGGCCGGGAUCAUCGCGUCCCCCUUUCUUUCUCUUCUUCUGUCUGUUCCUCAGCGGUUUUCUGGGUGUGUGCGUUCAUGUGUGUGUGUGUCAGCUCCUCAGGUGUUUCUUUAGAUAACAGUCACACACACACACACACACACACACACACACACACACACACACACACACACACACACACACUGCAGCUGCUCACAUGGCCGCUCCGCUCAAAGUGUGUAUCGUCGGCUCCGGUAACUGGGGCUCGGCCAUCGCCCGGAUCAUCGGGGGGAACGCCACGGCGCUGCAGCAUUUCGCCUCCACGGUGAAGAUGUGGGUGUUCGAGGAGAACGUCGACGGCAGGAAGCUCACCGACAUCAUCAACACGGAGCAUGAAAACGUCAAAUACCUGCCGGGGUACAAGCUGCCUGAGAACGUGGUCGCCGUCCCGCGGCUGUGUGACGCGGCAGAGGGCGCCGACCUCCUCGUGUUCAUGGUUCCUCAUCAGUUCAUCAGGAAGCUGUGUGACGAGAUGUCGGGAUGCGUCUCCUCCAGAGCUCGAGGAAUCACUCUCAUCAAGGGUAUAGACGAGGGUCCUGAGGGUCUGAAGCUGAUCUCUGACAUCAUCAGGGAGAAGAUGGGGAUUGACGUCAGCGUCCUGAUGGGAGCAAACAUCGCCAACGAGGUGGCUGCUGAGAAGUUCUGUGAAACCACCAUCGGCAGCAGGGUGCUGGAGAACGGGCUGCUGUUCAAAGAGCUGCUGCAGACUCCGAACUUCAGGAUCACUGUGGUGGACGAUGCAGACACAGUGGAGCUGUGUGGAGCUCUGAAGAACAUCGUGGCAGUCGGAGCCGGUUUCUGCGACGGGCUGAAGUGCGGGGACAACACCAAGGCGGCGGUGAUCCGCCUGGGACUGAUGGAGAUGAUCGCCUUCGCCAAACUCUUCUCCAAGAACGGCUCCGUCUCCACGGCGACCUUCCUGGAGAGCUGCGGCGUGGCCGACCUCAUCACCACGUGUUACGGCGGCAGAAACCGACGAGUGGCCGAGGCCUUUUCGAAAACGGGGAAGAGCAUCGAGCAGCUGGAGAACGAGAUGCUGAACGGUCAGAAGCUGCAGGGUCCGGCCACCUCAGCCGAGGUUUACCACAUCCUCAAACAGAAGGGCCUGGUGGAAAAGUUCCCUCUCUUCACAGCCGUCUAUCAGAUCUGUUUCGAGGGGAGGCCGGUCCAAGAGAUGAUCUCCUGCCUGCAGAGCCACCCGGAGCACAUGUGACACCUCGGACCCACAGAGAGGGGGGGGGGGGGGGGUGCUGAUUCAUGCACCAGUGUAACUUGAAGUUUUAAAUUCCACACAUUGGAGAGGUCUGUUUUUAAGACGUUGGGUCAGCUGGGUCUCUGAUAUUAACUAAAGGUGUGCCGUCUUCACACCUGACUGAGAUCAUGAUCUGACCUUCAAAAUGUUGAGUCCUUCUAUCUCUGAAAAGUUGAUCUUUUAACUUUAUUUUUUGGAAAUUUUCCCUCUUUAUCUUCACUGUCAGCAGCCUGUCUUACAAGUCAUGUAAGAAGGUUUUGUCCGUCACAGCACGGUCUUAUCCUGCAGUUACAGAUUCAUCAGUUUGUUUAUAUAUCAACAGACAGAAGAGCAACUGAAACUCACAGCCAUAACCAGCCUGACUGUGUCAAACUGAUGGACUUUAACAGCAGUGUGCAGACGCGAUAUUCUCUGCAGAUAAAGACAUUUACUUUUGAGUUUCACUAUUUCAUAACCUAACCAGAGUUGUUGUGAUACCACAAUGAUAAUCCUCUUUUUGCUUCUAGUAAACAUGGCACAUGGGAUAGCAAUCCUUUUUUUUUAUAUACUAAAAUUUAAUUCAUAGGUAACCAAUUUUGGGUAUAUUCAUGUUUUUAAUGAUCAAAAACUGCAGGCGACCUUCUGCCAACUGUCUAAAUGGCACUAAGACAUUGCCAAUGUAUUAGUGCAAUACAGACAGUGUUUACAUUUGUUCCCAAAAUAUAGGGUUUAGACUGGUUUUACAUUAAUCCUUGUCAAAUGGCACUGAUAAUCCAGUUGAGAUGAGCAGUAAAUCUUAAUGAACCUCAGCUGCUUUCUCUCUUUUUCACUCGUGGCAGCUCUUGUUUUAAAAAUCUUAAUUAUAAUCUGAAGUUUUCUUAAAGGUCACAUAUUAUGCUAAAUGUUUUCUCUAACUCUAAUAUGUGUCUCUAUUCUUUCUACAAACUUCCCAAUGAUGAGAAAAGUCCAUCCUCUCCGUCUUUUCCCUGCUCCACUUUUCAGAAAAUGUGUGCUCAAACAGGCCGUUUGGCGAUGUUCCCUUCAUGACAUCACAAAGGGCAGUAGCCCCUCCCCCAGGUGGGUGACACUCCCACAGCUAGGUGUUUGUUCUGCCCUCUGAGUCUGCCUUCUCACCGUAAACAAUAGGACAUGGAGCGAGAAAGCACCGAGUACACCCAAGCACCUUCCAGAGAGGGGCGUGGUCAGACACAGCUCAUUUACAUAUUUAAAGGUACAGACACAGAAACAGCCUGCUCUGAGCAGGGCUGAAAUAGAGGGGUUUAUAGACAUGAUCAAAUACAGGAUCAGAGUGGAUUUAGAACAAGAAACUAUACACACAUGUUUUGAGGAGCUCUGAGACUUAUUUAAAUAACUUAUAUAAAUAAGUUUAAUAUGUGACCUUUAAAGAUUUGUUACUUUUUGAUACUAUCAAUCACUAAAAACUGAAAUCUAUCAAGUAUCAUAAUUUUUCAACUUAGCAGGUUUGUAUUCAUGUUUUCACUGACUCUCAGGUAAACAUGCAGUCAUUAUUAAUAACUGUGUUUAUAAAGAUGCUAACACUAUAUCCUUCAGUGCACAUGUAGUUAAUAAAAAUGGCCUUUUUAACAGAUUUAGGGUGUCUUGAGUGGACCUGCGUUAUCAAACCUGCCGUCUGUAAUCAAUGCCUUUCAGAACAUCAGCGUACGCGUCGAACAUAUCGGGUUUGUAGCUGAGAGAUUUCUCUUCAAACUGCCGAGAAGAACUGUGAUUCUGUCCUUCAGUGUUCAAACAGGGACGCUCACAGCUCUUCAAAUGUCACUGUUUGUUUAAAGUCCUGCUUUGAAGAGACACGAUCUGCUGUGUGGUGAAAAGUUCCUGUUAAAAGGUUUUACAAAGAACGUGUGUGUGUGUGUGUGUGUGUGUGUGUGUGUGUGUGUGUGUGUGUGUGUGUGUGUGUGUGUGUGUGUGUGUGUGUGUGUGUGUGUGUGUGUGUGUGUGUGUGUGUGUGUGUGUGUGUGUGUGUGUGUGUGUGUGUGUGUGUGUGUGUGUGUGUGUGUGUGUGUGUGUGUGUGUGUGUGUGUGUGUGUGUGUGUGUGUGUGUGUGUGUGUGUGUGUGUGUGUGUGUGUGUGUGUGUGUGUGUGUGUGUGUGUGUGUUUUCUGAUUUAUGUUAAAGGAUCUCGUCUUGAAUGCAGUUUAAGAUUCUUAUAGAUAGGAUCUGGUAGAAGCAGUUCAGUCAUCAGGUGAAGAAGUUGAACUGGUUUUACCUUUUGCUUUAUCGUAUCGGGACGUCGUCUGCCAACUCUCAUUCCUCUGUUUCCUCCCUCCUCAUCUCCUCGUCUCCUCCAUCCUCCUGACUCUGAUCCAUAAAGCGAUACCAGCCACCAGCUAGCAGGUUGUCUCAUUUCCUAAAGAGCUAUUUUACCAGUUAUGAGAGGAGGUUUUGUAAGGAGCUGUAGACGAGGAUUCUCAGGUGUUUUAGACGUUUUUCCUGCACCUGUCUAGACAGAAAACCUGAUGUGUUCAUCAGAGAUCCUCGCUCCAAUCUGAGAGGUCACUACCCCCCUGAAAAAAGGGGAUUUUUGAGGAUGUGUGAUCCCAUUAUCUAAACCCACCUGCAGUAAACAAACGUUUCUUUCUUAAACUUUUUACAUGCACACCACACAGAACUAGGACUGAUGUCAUCAGAGAGCAUCUUUAGUGUUCACCUGUUAAACCUUGAGUGCUUAUUAUAGUAUCUUAACAAACUGGUGUUUAUUAUAUUCUAAGAGACUUCAUAAAACUUAUGAUGUG